AUGUCUGCCAACUGGGCAUGGAAGCAAGCGGAUCUCAUUGCGCAAGAUCCGACAACACACGGCGCGAUGUUUGUCCCUCUCAUUCUUGGGAGUGACAAAACAACAGUUUCUGUUGCAACUGGCCAUAACGAGUACUGGCCGCUAUACAUGUCCAUCGGUAAUGUGUUCAACAAUGUGCGGCGUGCACACCAUAACGCAAUUGCUGUGAUUGGCUUUCUAGCCAUCCCUAAAAGUGAACGGCAGUACGGAAACAGUGCCCACUUCCGCAAACUUUGUCAUCAACUCUUCCACGCAAGUCUCUCUACUAUAUUGAGCCCGUUACGUGCUGCCAUGCGGGUGAUAUACGGUCUAGGUCCGUAUAUUGCAGAUUUUUCGGAACAAAAACUCGCUGGGUGCAUUGUUCAGGGCUGGUGCGUGACGUCUGCUCUUGGAAAUGGUGGAACCCAUGGUCUGUGCACACGUGAGCACACACAAGCAUUAGUUGCCGCGCUGGACUUGGUCACCCUGUGGGAGGAUUACGGGAUUGUGGGUGACAUCAUUCCAUUCACCAAUGAUUUCCCGCGCGCCAAUAUCAAUCAGCUCAUGACCCCCGACCUUUUGCAUCAAAUUAUCGAGGGAACUUUCUAUGACCAUCUGGUGACGUGGGUGCAUGAAUAUUUGGUGCUCGAGCAUGGAGAGAGUGUGAGAACGACGCCGGAAAGACCGCCGGCAGACAACGUCCUCGAUGGACAGGGAUCAAUGGGUGAUUAG